ACUGAAUAAAUAAUAAAUACUUUAUAUAUCUAUAUUAUGAUCGAUUUAUGUAUGUAUAUAUUUAUAGUAUAGUGCUCAAGGUGGCAAGGUGAUGAUAGCGUAAACGUAUCUUCUCGUCGAAUUACGGAGCCUUUCGUACACGUAGAACGGUCAUAACUCAUAACUCAUAACUCAUAGAUAGAGGGCACUUUUCGUGUGACUUGUGACUGCACAAUAUUAAUAUUGUAUAUUAAUAUAUUAUAUAUAUAAUAUAUUUACAAUAAUAUAAUUGAAAAAAUAAAAAUGAAAUGCUACCUUCUAAUGCAUUGGAUGCCAUCAGGUGUUGUGACCCAAUCACAUUCCCUAAUAUAUUUAUGUUAUUAAAAAUUUUGUGCUGUCUCCCUGUUUCUACUUCAACACCAGAAAGGUCUUUUUCUGGCUUAAAAAGAAUAAAAACCUACCUCAGAAGCAGUAUGAAAGAGGAUCGUCUCAAUGGUUUAGUGUUACUGAGUUAUUAUAGGAAUGUUGUUAUCACGCCAGAUGAAGUAUUAAAUGAAAUGGCAAAGAAGCCGAGAAAAAUUGACUUAGUGUUAUAAUGAAAAUAUAAUAUUUUAUUCUCACUAUUUUGAUGUUUUACUCAAUGUAAUUUCCUAUAGUAAUAUCCUCUAUAAAAUUUCUAUCUAUGGAACUGAACCCUCCCCAUAGAAAAUUCUUAGCUACGGCCCUGGUAUAGUGUCAUAGUGAC